GAAGAUUCUGUGGAUGAAGAGAUGGCAGAAAAGCUUUCCAUUCGAAAGCAACGUUUUAUGAAAUUUGCUUCUUUGGAAUAUGGAGGAGAAUAUUACAUGACUCCAAGAGACUUCCUGUUCUCAGUUAUGUUUGACAAAUCAGAGCGUAAAACUUUGGCCAAGAAACUGACAAAAAAGGAAAUAGAUUCUACCCUAGCAAAUGUUAUGAAGACUAGACCAGGACCAACCUUUUUUAGAGAUCUUGGAGACAGAGGAUUGAUUUCUUACACAGAGUACCUCUUUUUGCUGACAAUACUCACAAAACCACAGACUGGAUUUCAUAUUGCUUUUAAAAUGUUGGAUGCAGAUGGCAAUGAACAAGUAGAGAAAAAAGAAUUCUUUAAGCUUCAGAAAAUAAUUGGAAAGCAAGAUGAGUUUAAAACAGCUUCAGAAGACGACAUCCUAUCUCAGGAAUCUGAAAGGGAAGGUGCUGAUAUCAACACCAUGUUACUGGUCCACUUUUUUGGAAAGGGAGGAAAAGAUAAACUUCAGUAUUCGGAAUUCCAAAGAUUUAUGCAGGAUUUACAAGCAGAAGUACAAGAAAUGGAAUUUAAUCAGUUUUCCAAAGGUCUAACCUUCAUGAGAAAGGAAGAUUUUGUAGAGUGGUUGCUGUAUUUCACUGAUGAAGAAAAUAAUGAAAUUUAUUGGCAAAAUGUGAAAGAGAGAAUCCAAGCAGGAGAGAGUAUCAGUAUGGAUGAAUUUAAGACUUUCUGCCAAUUUACAAACCGUUUAGAAGAUUUCUCAAUUGCCCUGAAAAUGUUUACUGUAGCCAGCCGUCCUGUUAAACGGGCGGAGUUCAAGAGAGCUGUAAAAGUGGCUACAGGGCAGGAGCUCUCAGAUAAUGUUUUGGACACCAUCUUCAAGAUCUUUGAUUUAGAUGGGGAUAAUUGCCUCAGCCACGCAGAGUUCCUUGGAGUUCUCAAAAACAGGAUGCAUCGUGGAUUAAGGGUGCCUCAGCAACAAGGAGUCCAAGGUUACUGGAAAUGUGUGAAACGAGAAACCAUUAAAGGAGCAAAAGAAGUUUGGAAGCAAACUGGGAAGAGUCCUUUUUAAAUGUAUUUUGAGCAAACCUACUUCAUUCUUGUCUGCAAAAAAGAAACUUGAAUAAGCUGAUUUGUGAAUAUUAUAGGAGUUAAGUGUCUGGAGAACCAAGAUUUACAGCCGUGCUAUAAAUAUUUCUAGUGUUGCCUGACAAUACCUGGACAUUGAUAGAGAUGAACAAAAUAGAUGUUUCUAUUUUGGAAGGCUACAAACUUAAAUGGAUUUCUGGAUUUGAAAUAACUUUAGGAUUCAGAACAUUUCCAAGCUGUUUAAUGAUGAAAACAUUUGGAUACCCUUACAGAGAACUACUUGAAAUAUAUUGCCACCUUGUCACUUUUCUGGAAGGCCAUAGUUCUGUCAGUGGGCCUGGGAAUUCCAUUCUGAUAGACCAGAGGUCUAUCAGAGGUCUAGCUUUGCUGGCUGGGGAAUUCUGGGAGUUGAAGUCCGCCAGACUGAAAGUUGCCAAGGUUGGAGACCUCUGUGAUAGACAACCAAUUAAGUGCCUAGUGUGAUUAUAACUGUUCCGGCCACAGGAUGAUGGUCCUGAAGUUUUAAGCUGUGAAUUUUGAAACCUCCCAGAGUCACCAUUGCGAGUUGGGCUGCCAUAUAAAUAUAUUAAAUAAAUAGAUGUAACUAAUGUUGUUACAUUAUUAUUCAUG